AGCUAAUGUCAAAAAUCCGUAGGUUUUGUAUUGAUUUUGGCCGUAAAAAGCACGUUUUUAAUAACCUAUUUUAUACAUAACUGCAGGACCGCACUACAUCAGUUGGCUUUUUAUAAUGACGAUCAGCUACAGUUACAACGCUUGGUGCAUAGUUCUCCGGGCUACAUUCCCUUACCAGACUCCUAGCAACACUAGUAUAUGGAUGGCAUGCGACUACCUGAGUGACGUCAUGUACCUUCUGGACACGGUGUUUGUAAAACCAAGGCUCAUGUUCCUCCAUGAAGGAUUCUGGGUCGACGACCUCGCAGAGACACGGAAGAACUACAGGAAGAAGUCACAAUAUAAGUUUGACGUUAUAUCUCUCCUGCCAUUGGACUUACUAUACAUAUACUUUGGAACGAACAAAGUAAUCUUACGCUUUCCAAGACUGUUGAAACUGCAAACGUUUUGGGAAUUCCACCAGGCUAUAGAUAGAGUGCUUGCCUCUCCUUAUGUUGUCCGAAUCGGCAAAAUGCUCUUCUAUAUAUUUUAUCUGAUUCAUCUAAAUGCAUGUGCGUAUUACGCAAUGAGCGACUACAUAGGACUGGGCAGUAAUGGCUGGGUUUACGACAACCAAGGAUCAGCCUACAUUCGCUGUUUCUACUUCGCGACCAAAACUGCGACAUCUAUCGGCAAAAAUCCAAAGCCUGAGAAUACUAUUGAGUAUUUGUUCAUGACUGCCGCCUGGUUGAUGGGAGUAUUUGUGUUUGCUUUACUCAUUGGACAGAUCAGGGAUAUUAUUGCUACUGCUACUAGAACUAGGACGGAGUAUCGCAAGACCCUGGAUGGUAGCAGAAGUUACCUUCGUCGUUUAAAUAUGCCAGUAACGCUGCAGAGACGCGUAGCAUCAUGGUACGACUACACUUGGAGUAAACAACGAUGUUUUGAUGAACCCAGAAUUUUGAACUCUUUGCCAUCUAAUAUGAAACGUGAUGUGGCACUUGAAGUUCACAUGACAACAUUAAGUAAGGUACAACUAUUCCGUGAUUGUACAGACUCUCUGCUUCGUGAUUUGGUCUUACAAUUACGGCCGGUCUGCUUCCUCCCUGGAGACGUGGUCGUUCGACGCGGUGAAGUUGGCCAUCAGAUGUACAUCAUUUCUUCUGGAGAAUGCUGCGUAAUGUCGCAAGAUGAGAAAGAAGUAUUAGCUACUUUACAAGAGGGUUCUGUAUUCGGAGAGAUCAGUUUAUUAGGCAUCGACGGGUUACGACGUCGUACAGCUACAGUCAGAGCGCGAGGCUACGCAAGUUUAUUUGCGUUAUCAAAAAGCGAUCUCGACGCUGCACUAAAACAUCACAAGCAAGCAGCUCAAGUACUUCGCAUAAGAGCUGAUCAGAUUAUUCGAGAAAACGCGGCCAGACAGACUAAACAACGAAUGAUAAGGCUCGAAGCGAAGAAAAGUGUCAGUAUACAUGAAGACGAGGGUAUUGUGAGAAGAAGACUGUCAAAUACUUCCACUUCUUCUAAUUUGACCAUAGAGGGCGCUAGGAGACAAAGGUCUGCAAGUGCCAUGUCUAAAAGAAGGCUGUCUGCUGUAUCUGAAAGCGGGGUUGUUGAUCAGAAUCAAGCAGCCACUUUAGCAGUAACCUGCGACCGAGCACGAACACCACUACCAACAAUCGUGCUAUCAGGAGAAUGAAGAAUAUUCUAGAACUUUUAACGUAAAAGGGGAUUAAGGAAAAGACUUAGAAGUGUGCACUUAAACUGGGGAUGAAAACGAAAGAAUUUAUUUUUUAAGAAUAAUUUGUGGAAAAUGUUUUGAUAUUGUAGAAAGUAUACGAAGUUAUUGUAAGAUCUUUAAAUGUUUCCAAAGCGCAAAAUGUGUAUACCUAAGUACUAAUAUGACACACAAUUAAUCAUAAUUUCCUCACCGAAUAUAUUUGUAAGUAUUGUAUUCGUAAAAUACUAUCUUCUGUAACGUUGUAGAUUUGUAUCACAUUAUCAGCCUAUGAAAGGCCACUGCUGCAAAAACCUCUUCUUAACGGAGAAG